GAGUCUGUUGAUAUCAAUGAUUGCGAGUGAGGUACCCAUUUCGAUUUGGUUCACAUCUCUUGAGCGAACCCGCACUCUCUGCUUCACUUCCACCACUGCUUCACUUGCCCGCCGAUGCUCUUAAAUUUAGAUGCGAAAAGGCAAGUGAAUAAAGAAGCUGGAUGAGACAAUUGUAACUUCAACGCUUGACUCCAUGGCUUCGUUAUUGCUACUAAUGUCGCCACACAGCUGGGUGGAUUGGCUGACCUUGUGAUUCUUACAGAGCCUGAACCUGCGAGUGUUGUGGAAUACUUUGAAGUGUGGUGAGCUUGAAAAUGUCCGCCUACUGGGGCAAAUAUGCAGACGAACUCAUCCGAACAGCCAAGUAUGUCGCCACCCCUGGAAAGGGUAUUCUCGCCGCAGAUGAGAGUACAACAACCAUUGAUGCAAGGUUGUCCAGCAUCAACGUUGAGAACACCGAGGCAAAUCGCCAGGCUCUUCGAGAGAUGCUCUUCACAGCUCCCGGCGUUCACCAGUACUUGAGUGGAGUGCUUAUGUUAGAGGAGACGCUGUACCAAAAAACAGUGGCAGGCAAACCAUUUGUGAAAUUGUUGAAAGAAGGUGGAGUCAUGACGGGAAUCAAGGUGGAUACCGGAACGAUCCCUCUUGCAGGGACCAACGACGAAACCAUGACGCAAGGGCACGAUGGUCUGGGCGCGCGAUGCAAAAAGUACUACGACGCAGGAGCUCGAUUCGCAAAAUGGAGAGCAGUGUUGAAGAUCGGGCACACGGAGCCCUCGGAGCUCAGUGUCCAACAGAACGCGCAGGGAUUGGCACGAUACGCAAUCCUCUGUCAGGAAAAUGGUCUAGUGCCCAUUGUGGAGCCAGAAGUCAUAUCUGAUGGAACCCAUGACAUUCGCAAGUGUGCCGAGGUGACGGAGCGUGUAUUAUCUGCUUGCUACAAAGCGCUCAAUGACCAACACGUCUUGCUGGAAGGCACGUUGCUGAAGCCCAACAUGGUGACGUCCGGAUCGGAUGCACCUAAGGUGAGCUCCGACAUCGUUGCCAAAUUCACCGUUCGCUGCUUGCAAAGAACAGUGCCUCCUGCUGUACCAGGCAUCAUGUUUCUCAGCGGCGGCCAGAGUGAGGAAGAGGCUACUCUCAACCUGAAUGCCAUGAACGCGUUGCAGACUUUGAAACCUUGGACUCUCAGCUUUAGCUACGGUCGUGCACUGCAAGAGAGCGUGCUCAAAACCUGGGCUGGGGAGAAGAAAAACUGGGUCGCUGCUCAGAGGGUUCUAUACAACCGUGCCAAGGCCAAUUCAGAGGCUGUUCUUGGCAAAUACAGAGGCGAUUCGGGCGGUGAAGCUGGAAACCUUUUUGUCCGAGAUUACAAAUACUGAAGAGAGAGCCUGGAUGUGUCGCGAGUGUUGCACAAGCGAACGAUUUCCAAGUCCCGCCGUCGACGAUUCGCCGUUCUAAUCCUUACAACUUUUGGCAGAUGCAAAUAGAACCUCAGAAGAAAUUGCACAAUGCAGUGGAAAUAGUUUCAAUUGCACCUCCUGGUUCCAAUACUGCCAUCGAACUUGCAGAUUACUGCCGUCCUCAGAUCACUCGUUCCUCCCUUGCAAGCUCCGUUCGCCAUCGCCGAAUCCGAAGUUUGUAAAAGCCACCAUAAGCUUGAAACAGGUGGUGCCAGUUUCAGGUUUGACAUUGAAUUUGAAUGUGAUUCAAGGAGGGUUGCCUUGGCUCAUGCUGUAGUCACACCCCAAAUUGUUUUAGGCACACUCAUUAUGUCUAUAUGCACAUGUGGACGUGGACAAAAUAUGUUUGUUAAUUUCCAAAAACAAUAUUCAAGAUAAUUAUUCAUUUUUUUGCAGAUGAAAAGACAAUUCAAAAUUUUCAUGACUAUGUAUAGUAAUAUGUGUGCCUUUGAAGAUGGAGAAUUCAUGAGUUAUUAAGUACUGUAAAGCAUGACAAGGUACAUUAAGUAUAAUAUUGAGGUGUGUUGAACUAGUUUUUUGAUGUUACAUGUGAAUUUCUUAUUUGUUUGAUUAUUUAUUUUUAUUUAUUUUGAAGGAUGGUUUAUAUAUUGGAUCACUCUAGUGAUGUUGAGAGUAACUUCACACGUGUGUAAAAUAUCACAAUUAAUUUAAAUCAGAGUAAAUCUAGUCUA